AUGGGUAACACAGAUUUUGAGCGUGUACACAGUGUAGCAAUUCCACCACCACAGCCAUUUUCGAAGUCAUUGAAGAACAAUCUAAAGGAAACAUUUUUUCCCGACGAUCCACUCCGGCAAUUCAAGAACCAGCCGCCGGCGAGGAGGUUCAUAUUAGGUCUCCAGUAUGUUUUUCCGAUACUCGAAUGGGGCAGGAAAUAUAGUUUGGACUUCUUCAAGGCUGAUCUUAUUGCUGGAAUCACCAUUGCUAGCCUUGCUAUUCCUCAGGGAAUAAGCUAUGCGAAGCUUGCAAAUUUGCCUCCAAUUCUUGGCCUGUGUGUCAGUUACAUGAUUCAACAUCUUUAA